AAAACACCUUUAAAAUAUUCUCUCCAUGCACGGGGAAGGUGUACUCAGGAACUGGGCAGAAUGAUGCUAACUUCUGUAGUGAGUGUAAAGCUCAGUUUGGAUCAGCUCUUCACGGUGGGAUUUAACCCCCAGGCCGUUUGCUGCCAUGGCAAAGCAGGGCUCAGUGCCUUACCAACUUGUUGCCCAUCAGAUGGAGAUAAGUGGGGUUUAUUCGUGUCCCAUCUGCCUUGGGGCAAGCGCUGGCACCUAAUCCGCAGGCUGUCACCAUGUCACCUUGCAGAAAACUCUCCUAACUGCUCCUAAAGCUUUGCAUAAUGCUUUUCCAGUGCCCUUUUCUUUGGGAUGUUUCUUGUUUCCUCUUGGAGUGGCUCUCUGGUCACAGAUGUGCCUCUCUGCAUAGCACCCCUCUGUAAUGGGGCUGAGGGCUUAUUCCUGUGUUACAGGCAAGGGAUCCAGGCUGCGCGGCACCGCGCAAAAAAUAUACCAGCGAUUGCUGAAUGAGCUGGGUCAUGUUCUGGAAGUCGUGCGGCUGGGUUAGUGCACAGACAGACAGCAGUGCUGCUGGAACCUGAGCCGGCUGCUUUCUAGCAGGCACCGUGAUAUAUGGCAUUGAAAUCCUACGGGGGACUUGUCCUGCAGGACAUCAGUGACGGCUCUGGGGUCCGGAGCUGUAGCUGAGACUUAACGCUUGAUGCUCCUCUUGUUUUGAGUCCAUUCUCCCUCAAAAGGAAGCCUUUUAAGAAGCCCCCACACACGUUAAACACAUCAUCUGCAGCUAUGCGCUUUCCCUGCCCUUAUUCAGACAGGCCCUAGCUCUACAUGGACAGAAAUCCUCUCUAGUGGCACUUUUACAACUUGGUGAAGAUGGUGUUUACCCACAGGCGUGUUGUGUUUCCAACAGGUGCUGAGGCAGCAGAGCUUCCUGAUUUGCUUUCUUCCUAUUCUCUGUUUGCCUCUUUUCUUUUUGCUUUUGAUUGUGACACCUAUUUGAACAGCUAAUCUCUUAAUGCCAGAAGACCCUGCUUGUCCGAUCAGAAAACCCAAAAUAAAAAAAUGCAGAUUUUUGAGAUCUUAUUUGGUAAACAGUUGGGGAGUGGAGCUGCCAUGGGAGAGGCGGUUUUGUGAGGGAAGAGGAGAGUACCAGACCUCUCUUGCCUCCGUGGCUCCCGCAGAGUGGCAGGCAGGAGGGAGCCGAGUGUGAGGAGGGAGCCGUGCGGUGCUCUGCCAGCUGAAUCCAGCCCUGUCCUCGCUUUGUUCCUUCUCUUUCUGUGUCAGCGCUGCUGGUCCUCUCCUCUCCGCGCUCCACUUACAUUUAUCGGUCCCACUGGCUUAUGCGAGGCAUAUGGAUGGGGAAAUCCUCUGAUGAAGUUGGCAGAGUAGAAUUGCCUAAUUUUGGGGGUGUUACUGAGAUGCAACGUACCUUUUUGUAAUUAUUUUUUUUUCUUGCUUUACCAGCCAAGGCUCCUGUGCGUAUUUGUGGUAUGUCUGCCUCAUGCACCCUACCUGUAGCACUAAUCAAAGCUGGUGAGCUGGGGGGGUGGCAUGGGAGGUGAAGCUCAGAGGUGUGUUCCUACACAGUGUCCUUCCCCUGCGAAGGAGAACGCUAAAAACCGCAGAAAAGAGAAGGGGGGGGAACAAAAAAAAUAGUUUUCAUUCACCUGUAGGCAGAAUGUAGUGUACUCUAACUGAAGCCAAAAGAUAGUUGGGGUAGAAAUGAUGCUGGGAAAAGGGGAUGCAGGUCUCUGUGGACUGCACAGAGCAGGACUUGGUCUGUUCAGUUAUUGCCAAGCUCUCAUACGUGCCUUGGGUUAAUGAUUUUAACAAAGGAAAGUACCUGAAGUUUGUCAUUUGCUUUCAGUCUUGUGCAGUCCUUGCUGUGUUUUGGGAACUUUUUUGUUUGGUUUUUUUUCCACCUUCAAAUGAAGAGCACAGAUGAUGCAGUUUGAAUUGGGGCUUUCUAAAUCUUGUUGUUAAAGCUCAUAAGGGUAUGCCAGAGGUGUGUGCUACAUUUCUGAGAAGACAAAGUAAGCGUAGUACUUCUCGUAACGUCACCACAGUGGAGGCCAAAUACCCAAUACAAGUCUCUGAUGCUGCCGAUUGCAAUUGUGUAUUUAUCCUUGAAAUACCUUUCCGCGUUGGCUGGGCUUUGCCAUCAGCAAGGGUGCUGAGAGAAAUCAGUUGUCACUGAGGGUGGAAAUGGGUAGAACCGCCCCUUUGAGCAGCAGGCUUCGGCUAAAUCACUUUAAAAUGACACGUCUAGUUUUGGGGGUUUCAUUAGUGUCUUUCUUUAUCAGCCAUGUGGUGUGCUGUAGGAGGGGUAGGACUUGCUGCACAACGGAUCUCUCCGGCUUUUGAAUGGAGGACGUCCUUGGGAGAUGCCAAGUCAAGAUCAGCAGGACCUCAGUGAGGAAGUGAAUGCACCUAGGGAGCAUGCAGCAUCGUGUUUUCUUCGGCAAGAUGCAGACCAGUUUCUGCUCUGGUGCUGGUUUGCUCGCCCCGCAGUGCUUUCCCCUCUCUGCAGAGUUUCGGUAGUGGUGGAUGCACAGAGUUAAGAUCAACUAGUCUUCCUCUAGGUGCAGCAGAGUAUCGAGAUCAUUGCUCUGCUUGGAUUAAAAAAGCUUGUGUAUUAGUAAUCUUUGUUAAGUGGUGGUCUGCCGUGAGCCACUCCUACACUGUGGAUGCAGACCGUAGGAGCUUAGCGAAGUGUUAUCUAGGAAGAUUGACUAAAUGCUGUUGACUAUUGCCUAUAAUAUUGACACUCUCUAUCUGUCUCGGCUUUAAUAUGAAUUUUUAAAGUUGAAGCAGGUACAGUGCUUGGAUAGAAGCAGAGUGCAAGCUCAGUUAGUGAAGGUGAGGGCAAUUUAGGGGGGAAAAAAACUACAGGAGCUUUAAUUUUCACUAAACGGAAGUUUUAGUGUUGACCAUACAGCAAACUAGGUAGGUUUCUGGAAGAUUGCUCGCUCAGUCUGUGAGAAUCAGGAGCUUCAAAAACUGAGGUUCAUGCUGCUGACUUGUAUGCGGUGGUGUAUCCUCGGUGCUACUGUGAUUCCCACGGCCUCACAGGGCUGAGAUGUUUGGUGGCUCCAUGGGGAGGAGGCUUUUCGGUCAGUCUAAGGUGGCAUUUUAAUCCUGAUAAGGGCACAUGAGUCUUCCAGCCAUCUUCUGUCCUCAGAUGGCCUCUGCUUUAAAGGUUGGCGAGUCCGUCGGCAGCGACAAGUGCGGAAUGUCGCUUUGUGAAGUGAGGUGCAGGCGUGGGGUACUUGGCAGCCACCGCGCCACAUACACACCACGGCCGUCUGCCUACUGUACCUAUGUGCACACACGCACACCUUGUCGCAGGCAGCGCGUUAAGCCUGCUGGAACUGUUUUGCUUCUUUAUAGGAAGUCACACAUGAAUUUUUUUUUUUUUUGAGAACGUUCCUGCUUUGUGGAUAUCGUGUGUACGUGUCUGAAGCCAGCAGCUCUCGGUUGCUUCCGUGGGGAAGGAGAGCUGUCGCACCAUUGAAAGGGUAAGGGGCGACCCAGCCUGGGAGAGCAAAAGAAAGCGGAAGGGCUGGCUGGGGAUGCCAGUGUUUAGAGCAGAAGGGUAUCCAAGUUGGUGAGUGGGUUAUAAAUAGAUGCCACCAAAGCUUGCCCAGACUUUACUCAUGCAGUCAGCCAUUGUCAUGCAAAAUCCUGGCUAGCUCUGCUGGGGGAUGAUGGUGCGUGGCCAGAUUUGCCAGCAUUGCUCAGUUUAGUCCCAGCCCUAUUAGCAUAAAACUGUGAGUUUUUACAAAGCUGAAUAUGGGCUGUGCUUGAGGGGAGCAGCUCCAAGUUAACCUGCCCAGCUCUUCAUUUGUCAACAGAGACCAGCUGAAGGAAAACACAACCAGUGCAGGCACCGCUAGCAAAACGAACUCCUGGAGGGUGCUCCUCUGCCAUCUGAGUGUGUGCUGGACAUCAGAACUACUUUGGAUUUUUAACUUGUAAAUAAGAUCCAGUUAGCAAGCUUUCUCCUUUACUUGGAGUGAGGAGUCCUGCUCUGCCUCCGCUGGCUGCCUCCUACCUGCCAGGUGCUUUGGGGACCUGAUAAGGGACUGUUCUGAGAGGUUAAACUUGAAGAGCAACUUCAAAAACAAAUGAAGUCAUCUUCCUUCUUGUCCUACCCCCUGCAAGUGGGACACUAAUAGAGAGAGGGACACAGAGGGAAAAACACUUCAUUGCACAAAGCCCGCAUUUGCAAGCCCACCUUGAUCUAUCCUGAACCUCUGUCCCGCCGGUUCCUGUUUACACAUUUGGUGUGCACUGAGAUACUGUGAAUGAUCUUUGGGUUAUUUGGUUAGUGACGGAUUUAGACUGUGAAGAGCUGCCCUGACUUGGUAGAUGAGGAUUGGUUUAGUUAGCUGUUGUACCAUUAUUCUGGGGGAACGUGGUUCCCUCUUGUUUAUCCCUGUCCACGUUAGCAAUGGAUGUGUUUAACUGCACCGGAGCUGGAAAGGACUUGCUUUGGAGGGGUCCUGAUGAAUUAGAGGCAGAAGAGGAUGGAUUUUACUCUGUUCUCUUGUCCUUCAAAUUCCUUAAUAGGAUGCAUAUGUUUUUGAGCACCCAGUGCUUUGAUGAACAGCAGAUAACAUCUCAAAAAUGGCAAUAGCUACCAAUGCAUAGAAAACAACACUGGAAUUUGCUUGCAGAAAAGAGUAGGUGAGUAGUUUUGUUGUGCUUCCCGAGCAUGAGUUCAGAAUGAAGCGGCGAUUGGAUGAGCAGGAGUCACCCGUGUAUGCGUCGCAGCAGAGACGUAUCACCAGCAGCACCGAAGCUUUUCAACACCAGCACCGCGUGCUUGCCCCGGCGCCUCCAGUGUAUGAGGCGGUUUCGGAGACCAUGCAGUCUGCCACGGGGAUUCAGUACUCGGUAACUCCCAGCUACCAGGUGUCAGCCGUGCCGCAGAGCUCGGGCAGCCAUGGGCCAGCCAUCGCAGCCGUCCACAGCAGCCACCACCACACCGCGCCGGUGCAGCCGCACGGGAGCCAGGUGGUGCAGAGCCACACUCACCCCACGCCGCCGGCCGUGCCCGUCCAGGGGCAGCAGCAGUUCCAGAGGCUCAAGGUGGAGGAUGCAUUGUCUUAUCUUGACCAGGUGAAGCUGCAGUUUGGUAGCCAGCCACAAGUCUACAAUGACUUCUUGGAUAUUAUGAAGGAAUUUAAAUCUCAAAGUAUCGACACUCCAGGAGUGAUCAGCCGUGUAUCGCAGCUCUUCAAGGGCCACCCAGACUUGAUCAUGGGUUUCAACACCUUCUUGCCACCUGGUUACAAGAUUGAGGUGCAGACGAACGAUAUGGUGAAUGUGACAACACCGGGGCAGGUUCACCAGAUCCCCACUCAUGGCUUGCAGCCCCAACCGCAGCCCCAGCCGCAGCAUCAGUCACAGCCUUCAGCGCAAUCAACCCCAACACCAGCACAGCCAGCGCCGCAGCCACCACCUGCCAAAAUCAGUAAGCCAUCACAGUUGCAGGCACAUACUCCCGCCAGCCAGCAAACUCCCCCGAUUCCACCAUACGCAUCACCACGUUCGCCACCGGUCCAACCUCACACGCCUGUGACAAUCUCUCUGGGAACCACACCAUCCCUGCAGAACAAUCAGCCUGUUGAGUUUAAUCAUGCCAUCAACUAUGUUAACAAGAUCAAGAAUCGGUUCCAGGGACAGCCAGACAUCUACAAAGCCUUCCUGGAGAUCCUCCAUACAUAUCAGAAGGAGCAGCGUAACGCCAAGGAGGCAGGAGGUAACUACACGCCGGCUUUGACAGAGCAGGAGGUGUAUGCGCAGGUGGCGCGUCUCUUCAAGAACCAGGAGGAUCUGCUCUCCGAGUUCGGGCAGUUCCUGCCUGAUGCCAACAGCUCUGUGCUGUUAAGUAAGACAACUGCAGAGAAAGUGGAAUCGGUAAGAAAUGAUCAUGGUGGCACGGUGAAGAAGCCACAGCUCAACAACAAACAGCAAAGACCCAACCAGAAUGGCUGUCAGAUCCGACGGCACUCGGGAACUGGAGCAACCCCUCCGGUGAAGAAGAAACCGAAGCUGCUGGGUUUAAAAGACCAGUCUUUGGCGGAAGCCAGCAAACAUGGUGUGGGGACAGAAUCUCUCUUCUUUGAGAAGGUCCGCAAAGCUCUGCGUAGCACAGAAGCAUACGAAAACUUCCUUCGCUGCCUGGUCAUUUUCAACCAGGAGGUGAUCUCCCGCGCUGAGCUCGUGCAGCUGGUUUCUCCAUUCCUGGGGAAAUUCCCAGAGCUGUUCACUUGGUUUAAAAACUUUCUGGGAUAUAAAGAGUCUGUUCACAUGGAGACAUAUCCGAAGGAACGGGCUACCGAGGGGAUUGCCAUGGAGAUAGACUAUGCCUCCUGUAAAAGACUGGGCUCCAGCUACCGAGCCUUACCCAAGAGCUACCAGCAACCCAAGUGCACAGGGCGGACUCCGCUGUGUAAAGAGGUUUUGAAUGACACCUGGGUCUCCUUUCCGUCCUGGUCUGAAGACUCCACAUUUGUGAGCUCCAAGAAGACACAAUAUGAAGAGCACAUCUACAGGUGUGAGGAUGAGCGUUUCGAGUUGGAUGUUGUCUUGGAGACCAACCUGGCAACGAUUCGUGUCCUUGAGGCAAUCCAAAAGAAACUCUCGCGCUUGUCUGCUGAGGAGCAGGCCAAAUUCCGGCUGGACAACACUCUGGGUGGCACUUCGGAGGUGAUCCACCGCAAGGCUCUCCAGAGGAUAUAUGCCGACAAAGCAGCUGACAUCAUUGAUGGACUUCGGAAGAACCCAUCCGUGGCUGUUCCCAUUGUACUGAAGAGGUUAAAGAUGAAAGAGGAAGAGUGGCGAGAAGCCCAGAGAGGAUUUAAUAAAGUCUGGCGAGAGCAAAAUGAGAAGUAUUACCUGAAAUCCUUGGACCACCAGGGCAUCAACUUCAAGCAGAAUGAUACCAAGGUCCUGAGGUCAAAGAGCCUCCUCAAUGAGAUUGAAAGCAUCUAUGAUGAGAGGCAAGAGCAGGCUUCAGAAGACAAUGCCGGAGUGCCCACAGGCCCACACCUAUCACUAGCGUAUGAAGACAAGCAGAUCCUGGAAGAUGCUGCCUCUCUCAUCAUCCACCAUGUGAAGCGGCAGACGGGAAUCCAGAAGGAGGACAAGUACAAAAUCAAGCAGAUCAUGUAUCACUUCAUUCCAGACCUGCUGUUCGCUCAGCGAGGUGAACUCUCGGAUGUGGAAGAGGAGGAAGAAGAGGAAAUGGAUGUGGACGAAGCUACUGGGGCUGCAAAAAAGCACAACGGUGUUGGGGGCAGUCCUCCCAAAACCAAGCUGAUGUUCAACAACACGACGGCCCAGAAGCUGCGGGGCAUGGAUGAGGUCUACAACCUCUUCUACGUGAACAGCAACUGGUACAUAUUCAUGCGGCUGCAUCAGAUCCUGUGCUUGCGGCUGCUGAGGAUCUGCACCCAGGCUGAGCGGCAGAUCGAAGAGGAGACGCGGGAAAGGGAGUGGGAGAGGGAAGUGCUGGGCAUCAAGCGAGACAAGGGCGACAGUCCUGCCAUCCAGCUGCGACUGAAGGAGCCUAUGGACAUCGAUGUUGAGGAUUAUUACCCAGCCUUCCUGGACAUGGUGCGCAAUCUCCUCGAUGGGAACAUGGACUCGUCGCAGUACGAGGACUCCUUGCGUGAAAUGUUCACCAUUCAUGCCUACAUCGCCUUUACCAUGGACAAGCUGAUCCAGAGCAUUGUUCGACAGCUCCAACACAUAGUGAGUGAUGAGAUCUGUGUGCAGGUAACGGACCUCUACCUGUCAGAGAACAACAAUGGAGCCACAGGAGGUCUUCUUGCCUCUCAGUCUUCUCGUACUCUUUUGGAGGCUGCGUACCAACGCAAAGCUGAGCAGCUCAUGUCAGAGGAGAACUGUUUCAAGCUGAUGUUCAUUCAGAGCAGAGGUCAAGUUCAGUUAACCAUUGAACUGCUGGACACAGAAGAGGAGAACUCUGAUGACCCUGUAGAAGCAGAGCGCUGGUCAGACUACGUGGAGCGGUACGUCAACUCCGAUUCUACCUCCCCUGAGCUCCGGGAGCACCUGGCCCAGAAACCAGUCUUCCUGCCAAGGAAUCUGAGGCGGAUCCGUAAGUGUCAGCGUGGUCGGGAGCAGCAGGAGAAGGAAGGAAAGGAGGGGAACAGUAAAAAGUCCAUGGAGAACGUGGAGAGCUUGGACAAGCUGGAGUGUAAAUUCAAACUGAACUCCUAUAAGAUGGUGUACGUCAUCAAAUCGGAGGAUUACAUGUACAGGAGGACCGCUUUGCUGCGAGCUCAGCAGUCCCAUGAAAGAGUGAGCAAGCGGCUGCACCAGCGGUUCCAGGCCUGGGUGGACAAAUGGACCAAGGAGCAUGUGCCCCGUGAAAUGGCAGCUGAGACAAACAAGUGGCUAAUGGGCGAAGGGUUGGAGGGCUUAGUGCCCUGCACCACCACCUGUGACACAGAGACCCUGCACUUUGUGAGCAUUAACAAGUACCGCGUCAAAUAUGGCACGAUAUUCAAGACACCGUAAAACUCCCCCGGGGCGAGGGAAGAGCCCAGGAGAUGUGUGUGUGUGUGCGCGCAUCAAGGAAAGGAGGAAGAUGCCUUUCUCCCCUCACUGUGUAUCUCCGUAACAUGGCCACUUGACUAGUGCGUGGCUGGUACAGCCUGUCACCAGCGGGAUUCCCUGCCGGGAUGCGAACCUCCACUGGGACCGCCGGGCCGCUGGGCUGGCACGCGUCCCCUGAGGGCAGGAAGGACCCUUCUCUGAACUGAGCCAUCCCAGAGAAACACAACGAGCUCGUACACACCAGCAGUGUUGAGGCUUUGACUCCCUGGAGGCCCUGAGCGGCGAGGGAAGAGAACCGGAGGCUCUCCACGACCAGACCGCUUGGAUGUGUCCCGAAAUCCCCAGGUGCCUGUCGCGACCGGAUUCUCCUCCCGGCACACUGCUGCCAGCCGGCCGGGCUCCUGCGCGGGGCCGUGGGGCAGCCCGGCGCCACUCACGGAGCGGACCCUGGACCCUGGGCUCCUCUCGUCUCCCUCUCCUCCCUCCCAGGCUGGACUCACCCCGUGCAGAUCGGUCUGUCCUUUCUAGUGCCAGUGGAACUGUUGGGUUUUUUUUUUCGUUUGGUUGUUUUUGUUUUGGGUUUUGUUUUUUUUUGUACCUGCUUGUUUACUAGUCUCUCCUAGUGCCAUGCACCAGCUUUUCACACACAUGUACGUACACACACACAACCGAGAACAACACAGUUUUAACAUGUUCCCCUCCUUUUUGUAAAUAAAUGUACAAAUUGUCAAUUUUUUGGGGGUUUUUUGCUUGUUUUGUUGUUUUGGUUUUUUUUUUUAUUAAAGGAAGUAUGCUUGAUGUGCUAGCAUAACUGUACUAGCUUCUUGUGUACCAUAGUACCAGGUGGCUUGAGAAUUAGUACCGACAGACCGACGGAGACAUUUAUUACACUUUUUACCAAAGGGAGUUAUCAUUGUAGUGCUUUUGUGUGGAAACUUUUUUCUCCUUUUUUUGUAAAUAAAAAUAAUGUCUUUGUUCUUAACUGGAGGAAGACACUCGCUCA